UGGAACAUCAGAGUCUAUGAUCCACGACGACGACGGAUGACAAACGACGGACGAUGAGCGCAAACACUGGAGUACUGGACUCGACUUCACCCCUGUCUUCUCUCCCAAUAGUCCAGAAUCUACCUCACUACGGUGGACGACAGACGACCAAGUGGACCAACUGCUUUUGCGGAAAGAGGUUUUUGAUUUUUUUCCUUUUGAUUUCUUUAUUUUUUGAUCUGGUUAAAUGAGUUGUUAUACGAUACAAGGAAAGGCUCAUUCCCAACUGCUACAUAUCUGCCAGAAAACAUACCCAAGAGAACCGUGAAUAUGAGCAAUAGUUAUCCUCCUAGUGACAGAACAGAAUAAAUGGAUUUCACAUCAAAUGGAGAAACAUAAUUUGAUAUAUGUACGAACCAAUAUUAGAAGAUUAGAUAUUUGAAAAUAUCUUAAAAUUUUUAGGGGUGUGGGCACAAAUAGUCCACAUUGUUAGCAGCAAAUUUGAAGGAUUUUUUUCUAAAAGUAAGAAUUUGAGGACUAGGAAAACACUUUCAUGUAUCCCAGUCAAAUUUCAGCAUUGGUUCAAACUGCUUGGACUUUUUACCUGUCAAUCUUUAAACUUUUAAGUUAUUGUGCUUUAACUAAGCAUAACUCUGGUAUAAGAAUCUUAAACGCUUGCUCAAAUGGAAGUUUGAUUGGCUUAAGUAAAUCACCAUAGCAUCAAGGCAUAUUUGGACAACUGUACAAUCUUAAACUCCGCUGGAAUAAUACAUUAAUUUUAUUGAGUUAAGCAUCAAAAUGUCUGUACUCACAUUAUCAUUAGUGAUUACUAAAUUAUUUGCUUGUUUUCCUUCCAUGCCAUAAAGAUAGUCCACCUUCCGAUUUUUUGCCUGUCCGAAUUCUUUGUCCAAUUUCCUAAUUAGUCAACUUUUAACUAAUUUAAGAGAUCUCCAACAAGUAGUAAGGGAAGGGUCUGAAAUUUGAUGUGUUUAGGCUUUUCUGUUAAUUAUGAUAGAUGGAAGACCAAGUUUGUUGCAGAGAGAUGACCAAGUCAUGAAUAGAGAAACUCCCUGUCUUUCCUUGUUCUAUUUAGCCAACUGAAUUUUAAAGCUUUUUGUUUGUAUAUUAUUAUAACUCCGUCUAAAAAUCAUAAACUGUGCCCUUUACACACAGAAUUUACCAACCGUUCCUUAUAUAGAAAUAGUACUGUUCUAACUUUACUCUUUUCCUUUCUUCUUUUUAUUUUUUUCUGGGUUACAUAGGAGAAAAGGGUUCUCUAUGUUCAGUUGCAGAAAUUGUUUGGUAAAUUAGAAUCACUUUGUUCCACAAUUUAGUAUACAAAAUAUACUCCAACUUUCUUAUUAUGAAUUCAAAGAAGAUGACACAACGAUUCCAAUACUGCAACAUUGAUGUACAAUGGAUUAUGAAAAGAAGUUGUUUUAUUCUAUGCUAGCUUGUGUUGAAUUCUUUUUUGGAUUACUUAAGGGAACUACUGAUUUUUUACUCAGGGAACUAUUCCUGCCCCUAUACAUAAUCCGAGUAAUAUUUUAUGCUACAUUAGGUGUUUGGGAAUUACUCUUUAGGCAUGGAUUUGUUGUGAAGAUGUAUGUUAAAAUCUGAAUAAAUAUUUGAUUGUUAAUUGUUAAUUCUUUAUUCUCAAUUCUCAUAUGUACUCAUCAUAUAUGUUAAAUUUGAAUAAAUAUUUGAUUGCAUAUUAUGUAGGUACUUGAUAUUAUUGAAAAAUGGUUAGAAAAAAGGAUAAGUUUUGGGAACAUGUAUAACAACUUGGGCCGAGCUGUUUUAAAUGCAAUUAUUAUGAACUUGACUACUCUGGUAGUGUUACUUGAGUGAAGGUUCAUUUGGCUUGCUUGACUGGCCAUGAUGUUCGAAUUUGCACUAAAGUCCCUGACCAUGUUCAAGUUGAAGCCAGUGCAGAAAUGAAUUUGAGUACAUCUAAAAAGAAAAGGACGAAUGAGACCCUAGAAAGUGAAAUUGGUUCCACAAAUUCUCAUGAUAGGAGCAUUCAUCAAACCAUAAUGGUAGAGUUGGCUGCUAAACAAGACAAGAAGUCAUUAGAAAAGAUGAUAGGAGAAUUUUUUGUUAAGAAUAACAUUUCUUUCAAUGUUAUUUAGACAGAAUCUUUUAUUCAAAUGAUGAAAGGCGCUUGUGCCUAUGGUCAGGGUUUUGUUAUUCCUAGUCACUCUACUCUUUGUACCCAUUUGAUUCCUGAAGCUAAGGUAGAGAUCAUGGAAUAUGUGAGCAACAUAAAGUCAACAUGGGUUGGCAUAUGUUGCACAAUAAUGUCUGAUUCUUGGACUGACCUAAAGAAGAGGUCUUAGGUCAAUGUGAUAGCUUAUUCUCCUGGUGGGGCUGUAUUCCUGAAGUGUAUUGAAUGUAGUUCAAAUAGUAUUACUGCUGGAUAUCUUUUUAGAGAAAUAUCUGAUGUUAUUGAAAUGCUUGGACCACAACAUGUUGUGCAAUUUGUUUCAGAUAAUGGUGCUAACUAUAAUUGUUAUGGUGAUACGUUGAUUGGAAAAUGGUCUCACAUGUAUCAGACAAAUUGUGCUGCACAUGGGAUUAAUUUGCUUUUAAAGGAUAUCCAUAAGCAUAUUAGAUGGGUGAGGAAAAUUAUUGAUGAUGGUAAACAUGUAGUGGAUUAUAUGCACAGGCACACAACUGUUAUAGCCUUAAUGAGGGAAUUCACAAAUGACAAAGAGAUUAAGCCGCCUUGCAAGACAAGGUUUGCUACUAAUUUUUUAAUGCUCCAAUCUCUUAUUGUAGUUGAGAAUGAGUUAAGGCUAUUGGUUACAUCAUCUGAAUUGAGAGGCUUCCAUUGCAAUAGAGUUGAAAUAGCAUUAAAGACUGUCAGAAUAAUUCAAUCUAAUAUAUUCUGGGGCGAGGCAAAGGAGGUUAUUGCUUUUAUGGAUCCUCUCAUUAGGAUUCUUCGCCUUGUUGAUUCAGAUGGUACCACUGCAUGUUACUUGUAUGAAGCAACUGUUAGGGCAAAAGAAAAAUUAAGGAAGUUAAAGGAGAGUGAUGGAGUAAAGAACUUUACCAUAUUGGAUUUUUUGAUACAAGGGUGGAAAAGAAUAUAAUUCAUCCUAUUCAUGUGCUUGAUGCAGCUUUAAAUCCUAAUAAUUUGUUUGAUGGUGGAAUUUUUAUUGAGACAAGUACAGUUGUGCAAGCUCAAGAAUAUAUUGUGGCAACCAUGGUUCCUCUAGAAGAUCGUGAGCAAUUCACUGCAGAAAUGGUUGAGUAUCGAAUGAGGAACCCAAAUUUGUUCAAUAUCACAGGAAAGUCUUUAAUGAAAACUAACCAUCCAAGGAUUUGGUGGGAAUAUAUGAGUGGUUAUCUUCCAGUGGUUCAAAAGGUUGCUUGUAGAAUCUUAAGCAAACCUUGUAGUUCCUCUCCUUGUGAGAGGAAUUGGAGUGCUUGGGACGCAGCACAAACAAAGAAGAGGAACAGAUUAACUCUAGAAAUGUUAGAAGAUUUGGUAUACAUUAGAAUGAAUUCUUUGAUGAAGGAGAAGUAUGAAAACCGAGCAAUUCAGGAUACAAAACCUAUUGACCUAGAGAAACUUGGUGACUUGCCUGAUGUAAACAUUGAGUUGGAGACAGAGAGACUUGAAGAGACAUGUUGAACCUAUUCAUAAUCAACCUAAUUCUAUAUUAUGAUACAUUUGUGUUUUCUUUUUAAUGA